AGAACUGUGAGAAAUGAUGGAGUUUACGCGAUUGAUUUAUUCUAUAAUUGUGCUAGAAGUGAUAUUUUUUUGUGAUUCGGGUGUUGAACCUGCGGGUGUUUUCAACAUCCUGCAGGACCCAAUGAACCUGGUCAAACAAGCCGAGAAAAUAAUUACGGACGCCCGCGAAACCUUUCCCACAAAAAUCGUCAAUAAUAUACAGCCUCAGACGAAACCCAUUGAUUUUAAUGUCGUCACGGAAGUGCAAGAAAAUGAGAAUAAAUUGGAAACCAGAAGUGACACAAAGCCAGAAGAAAUCAGCAAUUAUGUGCAUCACGAAUUUGAAAUCAAAGGUGGAGGCAUUCAGAAAAUCAAGCUUUAUACUGGGCCUGAUCUGAGUGGAGUCAGUGGGGAACUUCUGGGAAGAUAUUGUUGGGACUUGAGAAGAUGUUUCGAAGUCACAUUGGAUAAUUCUGUGUCAAGUGUCCUCGUCACUGGCCUAGAACCCGGCUUCAAGGGAUCGAGUGGAUGCGUUUACCCGCCGGGUGGUGGAACCCCGAAAAUGCUCGCAACCCCGGACGUCAUCGGAAUGGAGCAAAUCGGUUCCGCGAAAAUUGGCUGCCAUUCUCGCAAAAUUCUUCCUCAAGUGCAAAAAUCAACGGCUUCACUCAAGACAUCUCCCUUGAAUUACCCAAUUUUUCCUCCUUUCGCCGUAAAUUUACGCGGAGCCAGUCCUCUUCAAGAAUUCGACGAAAAUGCUGCCACUGAAAAGAAAAACAAGACCAGCAACAAGAAAUGAUUGUUAUUUUUUUGAAUGACAAAAAUAUCGGACUUUUGGAAAAUAUUUUAAAUCAAAUUUACUCGGAUGAAACCAAAUUGAAAAUUCAGGGCACGUCUUUCGCCGUGACUUUGGAAUUGUUCGCAUCAAACUUGUACUUGAAUCAAAAUCAAAUUUACUUGAAUGAAAUCAAACUCAAAAUUCAGGGCACGUUUUCGCCUCGACUUUGGUAUUGUUCCCAUAUCGGCACGAAAUAUCGUCGGAAUUUUUCCAGGAAAUGGACUGUUUCUUUUUUGUCAUGCUGGUGAAUUAAUCAUAUUUUGAUUUAUUUUUCAAAAUAUAUAUACAGUUGAUAGAA